UCUUCCACUCCUUUUGAUUCUUGUGGAGCACUCAAGGGAUGGGAUGCUUAUAAAUCUCUGCCAUUACCUCAAAUCUAGUCAAAGGAUCCAUUACAGGGAUGAAUGUUUUAAGCUUGGAAGUGCUCAAAUAAAGGAAACAGGGCCCUGAUAACAAUAAUUUGGCUUCAAAAGUGCACAAUUGGUAAAGUUACAUGGAAAGAUCAAACCAUGGGGUGCAGGUGAUUAUGAGAAAUCUUUUUCAUUAUGAAAUAUUGUGAGUACAAUUGAUGUGACAUCCCUACAACUGAUGAUAUGAGUCAUGAUUCACAUGAUCAGAUGCCAACUCCACUUGGGAGGUCUAAUGUGAUUCACAUGGUUUCUUUUCUAACAGGUGGACUCUCAGAAUGCCCAUCCCCUUGCAUUUCAAUCAUACCCUCGAUCUCAUCUCAUAUUUCAACUGUUCCUUCAUAUAAGCCCCACAUAUUACAAUGAAAAAUAGUAGAUGUGAUAGAUAGGAUUGACAAGAAUAACAGUUAAGAAAGUCUUAGGUAACUUGCAGAUGAAAGAUGGGAGAUGUGAGCUGUAAUUGUUAGGACUGACAUAGAUAGUAUGGUCAAGCAUGUCAAUUUGACAUGAUAGAAAUGGCUCUCAGACCCUUCACAAGUUGCUUUUUCUUUGACAGAUUAAUUUUAAGAAUGUUUCAGAAUGUGAUCCAACAUCUAAUCCUUCGGUAGUCAGAUAUAGGAGAAGUAGACGACAAAAGAUGGAGGGAAAUCUAAAGCUGAAUUGACAUCUAAAGAAGCAAUGGUAUCCUGUGAGCCUCCUCCAAGGACCACCAAACUUGUCACCAUGGAUGUGGAGAGUGUUCUUCACAUGAAAGAAGGGCUGGAUGAGGCCAGUUAUGCUCAAAAUUGUUCCCUACAGAAGAAGAGUAUGGAUGCCAUGAAGCAUAUCAUAGUGGAGUCAGCGGUAGAUGCUUACGCUUCAGAGAUGCCAGAAAGCUUCACUUUUGUUGAUCUUGGAUGCUCAUCGGGGAGUAAUGCCCUGCCUCUAAUCGGAGACAUCAUCGAAGCCAUUCAUGUGAUGGCACGACGGUCAGCGAAGCCAGCACCAGAAUUCAUGGUGUUCCUCAAUGAUCUUCCAUCCAAUGACUUCAAUUCUAUGUUUCUGAGCCUUCCAUUGUUCACUAAGAAGCUCAAAGAAGGCAUCGAGUUGCAUGGAGGCAUGGCUCCAUCUGUAUACUUUUCAGCAACUCCUGGUUCAUUCUAUGGCAGGCUGUUUCCAAGAGACAGCCUCAGUUUCAUCUACUCAUGCUAUAGCUUGCACUGGCUUUCCCAGGUUCCUCCAGGGCUUGUUGACAUCAAUGGCAGGCCAAUUAACAAGGGGAAGAUGUACAUAUCUAACACAAGCCCCCCUGUUGUUGCAUUAGCUUACUUUGAGCAGUUUCAGAAACAAUUCAGCCUCUUUCUCAAAUCAAGAUCUGAAGAGUUACAUCUCGGUGGGCGAAUGGUUGUCGCGAUGUUAGGAAGAACAACUGAUGAUCACAGUGAUAAGAGCACAAGAGUCUUGUGGGAAGUGUUAGACCAGUCUUUUGCCAUUAUGAUCUCACAAGAAAUGAUUGAUGAAGAGAAGGUUGAUACAUACAAUGUGCCAUUUUAUGCUCCGUCGGCGAGGGAGAUUGAAGAUGAAGUGCACAGAGAAGGGUCUUUUACGAUCGAUUACAUACAAACUCAUGAGCUGAGCACAAGCACUGGAGAUCCUCUAAAGGAUGCCAGAAUCACAUCAAUGGCCAUUAGAGCCAUACAAGAAUCAAUGAUCAGCCAUCACUUUGGCGAAGCAAUUAUCGAUACCUUAUUCCAUGUUUAUGGAGGACUGCUCAGUCAACUAAUGCUUAAAGAAGAAAUAAAAAGUUCUCACCUACUAAUUGUUCUAAGAAAGACACACUGAGUGAAGAAAAAUCAAUCAUCAGCACAUAAAGUUACUAUAAAGUCAAACUUUUUUAUCUACAGGUCUUCAUUGUAUUCAGAUUGUAGAUGUACAAUUUACCAGUACAUUUUAUUUACUCAAAGAUGUAUUAUCUUCUCUAAGACAA